AGACCCAGGUCUCCAAAUCCAGCACAUAUUUCACACCAUGCUGCCUCCUUAUUUGGUUCUCUUGGGAUCUGUUGAUGUGUGCAGAUUGUCAGAAUUCUAAUGAGCCUUUGACCUUCACCCUUUUCCUAGCUGGAUGUGUGUUAUCAAGUUUGGGUACAGUGCCUUCAGAACCAACAUGUAACAGAUGGAUGUCACUUUAUACAAGUUGCUACUUCAAGCCAACAUUUUUGACUCUGUAGGAUCCCCUGUACCUUCAACCUUGAACUUCAGCUUGUGAGACAAAAUAAAAGAAGUUCAUGUAGUGCUUGCUCUAGCUUGAGUCACCAUGAGUAGCAGUCUAGGAAAAGAAAAAGACUGUAAAGAGAAAGACCCUAAAGUGCCAUCAGCUAAGGAGAGAGAAAAGGAGGCAAAGGCCUCUGGAGGAUUUGGAAAAGAGAGCAAAGAAAAAGAACCUAAGACCAAAGGGAAAGAUGCCAAAGAUGGAAAGAAAGACUCCAGUGCUGCACAGCCAGUUGUGGCUUUUUCGGUGGACAAUACUAUCAAACGCCCUAAUCCAGCUCCUGGGACCCGAAAAAAAUCUAGCAAUGCUGAAGUGAUUAAAGAACUAAACAAAUGCAGGGAAGAGAAUUCAAUGAGAUUGGAUUUAUCCAAGAGAUCUAUUCACAUGCUUCCUUCAUCAAUCAAAGAAUUGACACAGCUAACAGAACUUUAUUUAUACAGUAACAAAUUACAGUCUCUCCCAGCAGAGGUAGGCUGUUUAGUGAAUCUGGUAACACUGGCAUUGAGUGAAAACUCACUGACCAGUUUGCCUGACUCUCUUGAUAACUUGAAGAAGCUUCGUAUGCUUGACCUACGGCAUAAUAAACUGAGAGAAAUUCCUUCAGUGGUGUAUAGACUAGAUUCUCUCACCACUCUUUACCUUCGUUUUAAUCGAAUCACUACUGUGGAAAAGGAUAUCAAAAAUUUGUCCAAACUCAUCAUGCUUAGCAUUCGGGAAAACAAAAUCAAACAACUACCUGCUGAAAUUGGUGAAUUAUGUAACCUCAUAACCUUGGAUGUAGCUCACAAUCAACUGGAGCACCUUCCAAAGGAGAUUGGAACCUGCAUUCAAAUCACCAACCUUGACUUGCAGCACAAUGAGCUCCUGGAUCUCCCUGAAACUAUAGGAAACCUGUCCAGUUUAAAUCGUCUUGGACUAAGGUAUAACAGACUGUCAGCAAUACCAAGGUCAUUAGCAAAAUGCAGUGCACUUGAGGAGCUGAAUUUAGAGAAUAAUAACAUUUCUACUUUGCCAGAGGGUCUAUUAUCAAGUCUUGUGAAUCUGAAUAGUUUGACACUAGCUAGAAAUUGCUUCCAGUCGUAUCCUGUGGGUGGUCCAUCUCAAUUCUCCACCAUCUAUUCCCUCAAUAUGGAACACAACAGAAUCAAUAAAAUUCCAUUUGGAAUUUUCUCCAGAGCAAAAGUAUUAAGCAAGCUGAAUAUGAAGGACAAUCAGUUAACCUCACUUCCUUUGGACUUUGGAACUUGGACCAGUAUGGUAGAAUUGAAUUUAGCUACCAAUCAGCUUGCAAAAAUCCCUGAGGAUGUAUCAGGGCUUGUGUCUCUUGAGGUUCUAAUAUUAUCAAACAAUGUUCUGAAGAAGCUCCCGCAUGGCCUUGGAAACCUUCGGAAAUUAAGAGAAUUGGACUUAGAGGAGAACAAACUGGAAUCCCUGCCGAAUGAAAUUGCUUACCUUAAAGAUUUACAGAAAUUAGUCCUAACGAACAACCAGUUGAAUAAUCUUCCCAGAGGAAUUGGUCACCUUACCAAUCUCACACAUCUUGGCCUUGGAGAGAACCUACUGGCCCAUCUUCCUGAAGAAAUUGGUACACUGGAGAACCUAGAAGAGUUAUAUUUGAAUGACAACCCUAACCUUCAUGGCCUUCCUUUUGAGUUGGCUCUCUGCAGCAAACUGUCAAUCAUGAGUAUUGAAAACUGUCCACUCAGUCACCUUCCACCUCAGAUUGUUGCAGGAGGACCUUCUUUCAUCAUUCAGUUUCUAAAGAUGCAAGGUCCCUAUCGUGCCAUGGUCUGAUGUAAAUCAUUUGGUCCCAUACACUGUACAAAAUAUAAACUGCAUUAAUGUUGUCUCAUAUCUAUAUCUGUAUCUUUUUGUAGAUAUUGAUAUAUAUAUGGCAGAUUUAUUCAGACUGCAUUAUGUGUUUCAGCUAAUAGAGGAAUCAUAGCCAUUUAGAUUUUUUUUAUUCUGUACAAAAUGCUUGUUUGAGUUUUUUUUGCUGAAUUCGAUGGAUUUUUGUCUGUGGAGUCAUAUGGAAUACCAGUAUACUUAAUACAUUUGCCAACAAAUUAAAAAAUUAUUAAAUUUAAGGGACAAAAUUAGUAUUGUUAUAUAAACUUUCUAUUAGGAAUAAUAAUGUACAAAUAUUUGUUGCAACUUUUCAUAUUCAUUUUUCCCUUCCCCAUGUCAGAACCCUGUAAUGUCAU